CAAAGAAUCACUACUGAAGGAUUAGCAGCCUUUGUUGCCUCAUCCUUUGUUUUCCAAGAAAGAUUCCCUGGGCCAAGGCACUGACACUGUUCUCCUAGCCCACCACACCACACCUGAGUUGUGCAGGAUGGAUACCUUCACUCCAGGGCAAAUGGGCUCUCUUUUGGUUCUGAUAGCAGUAGCUAUCUGGCAAGGCUCAGCUUCUCCCACCAUUCACCCUAAUGUUGACAUUCUGAGGGUGAAGAAAGGAGACUCCAUCCAAUUACUUUGCUUGGGGAAAUUGCCUGUUGAGUGGAUCGGUAUCCAGAAUGGGUCCACCAUGAUGGUGUAUGACAAUGGCACCCUCUACGUGCCUGAGGCUAGUUGCAACCAAAUGGGAAGCUACCAGUGUGCUUAUAUCAACAAACCAGAAGAGGGGAUUAGAACUAUAUAUGUGGCAGUAACAGAUCCUGAGUCUGUGUGGUGUGGCCUUCACAAUGUUUAUCCUAUUGUGGAAAAGGGCAGCGAUGCCUUGAUUCCGUGCCUGAUUGCUGACCCAAGAUUCACAGGCAACAUGACCCUCCUUAAAGACUCUUCUCCAGUUCACUCAAGAGUCUCAUUCAGUCCUAAGGAAGGAAUAUGGAUUCAUAAUGUAGACCUGAGUGAUAAAGAUUCCUAUGAGUGUAAAGCCCAGGUUCAUGGAGAAUGGGUGAUUUCACCCAGAAUUACUCUUUCUGUCUAUGACAAUCACCAGCCUUUGAUGGUUACUAUUGGAGGACUAGCAAACCAUGUGCGGUUACAGGGAGAACCAUUCAGCAUUUCCUGCAGAGUACAAUAUUACUCUUAUGAAUAUAAUGGCACAUGGAUCUAUCCCCUGACUGCAAACGCCAUCUGGAAUACAACGGAUUUAGAUACUGGAUUAUCUCAGUCAUACGCCACUGAUUACUUCCUAUUCAUUUCAGCAGUUCAGUUACAAGACAGUGGAAUAUAUACUUGUCAUGUGGAAGCUGCACAAUUACAUGUAAAUGUUUCAGCUACUCUCCAAGUGCUAGAGAAAGGGUAUCUGCGCUUGUCCACAUUACAGAACAAAAUUCAGGAGACAAACUUGCAUCUGGACCUAAAUCUUCAGGUGCUUAUUGAUGCUUAUCCUAGACCUUUAACAUAUAGAUGGAUACAUGUGAACCGAUCAAGAAAGUCCAUAAUCAUUGGCCACAUGAUUUUUGGUCAACAAAGACACAACAAUACACUCAGGCUGAAUUGGAUGGAGGAAAAAGACGGUGGUGAAUAUAUAUUUUUUGCAGACAAUGGGGAAGCCAAUGCAUCUAUUCAUUUUUACGUCUCUGUGAAAACUAAACCAAAAGUUACAGUGUUGACCAACAUUUCCAAUGGUCUCCAAUGUGAAGUAACUGGCUAUCCUCCUCCACGUAUUCAGUGGUACAAAUUGCACCCCCAUGUUGAUAGAUGCGGUCAACAUGGGGCCCUGGUUUUUAAUGACUCCAGUCCAAAAAUCAUGAGUCAAAUUCCCUUUGGAAGUGUGUCAUUGAAGAGUGUCUUUAAAGGGAAGAUGGAGGACAGUGAGAGCGUUUGCUGUUUUGCAGUUAAUAGUGCUGGAAAUGACUCCAGUUUCAUUACAUUUUCUGUUUCUGAGGUUACUGGAAAGGAGAACAAGAUCCCCAAACUACUUUAUGCAGUCUUUGGAGGCACAAUGGGUUUUCUUCUUCUAUGUAUCAUCAUCUUGGUCUAUAAAUAUAAACAGAAACCAAAAUAUCAAGUCCACUGGAAGAUUAUUGAAGCCUGUGAAGGAAACAAUUACAUCUUUAUUGACCCUACCCAGCUUCCUUACAAUGAGAAAUGGGAAUUUCCUAGAAGCAACCUGCAAUUUGGAAAAGUCCUUGGAGCUGGAGCUUUUGGGAAGGUGAUUGAAGCCACAGCUUUUGGGCUGGGAAAGGAGGAUUCUGUCUUGAAGGUGGCAGUGAAAAUGCUGAAAUCAACUGCACAUACAGAUGAGAAAGAAGCUCUUAUGUCUGAGCUGAAAAUCAUGAGUCAUUUGGGUCACCAUGAAAAUAUUGUCAAUCUUCUAGGAGCAUGUACCCAUGGAGGCCCUGUCCUUGUAAUUACUGAAUAUUGUCCCUUUGGGGACUUGCUGAACUUCCUGAGAGAAAAAGCUGAGCAUCUCAUAAUCGAGGGUUUAACCUUGGAAUAUACUUUUGAUAGCAUGAUGGCUGAUUACAAAAAUAUCUACCUUGGAAAAAAGUAUGUCCAAAGAAGUGAUAGUGGAUUUGGAUGCCAAAGUGUCGACAGUUAUUUGGAAAUGAAAUCGGUCAUAGCAUCAAUGCCUACGCCAGCACAAGGAACAAGUUUGGUAUCAGCUGAAGGAAAAAAAAACCUACGUUCUCUUGAUCUCUUUGACUUGCUGCAGUUCUCCAACCAAGUGGCCCAGGGAAUGACUUUCCUGGCUUCAAAAAACAAUGGCCAAGGAAGAAGUCCCUAUCCUGGCAUAAAAGUGAAUAAUAAGUUUUACAGCCUUGUGAAACAAGGAUAUCAUAUGGGGAAGCCAGAUUUUGCUCCAGAUGAUAUGUACAAUAUAAUGACGGCAUGCUGGAAAUUGGAGCCCACUCAACGGCCAACUUUCAGUCAGAUCUGCACCUUAAUUCAGAAACAGCUGGAUGCCAUUAAGGAACAGGAUUAUACAAACUUGCCCUGCCCUAGAGAAGAGCAAGACAGUGGAUGUGAUCCUACCGGCUGCUUUGAAGAAUCCUGUGAGUCAGGAGAAGUGGAGCAACCCCUUCUUAACAGCAACAAUUAUCAGUUUUGUUAGGGUGUGUUGUUCUGGGCCUUCUGGAUGAUGAAAUACCAACUGAGAUUGGACUUGGAUUUCAUGCAACCCCAAUCCCUUUUUUGAGGCUUUUCACAUCAGAAAACAAGAGAGUCAUACAUAAGUCACAGACUGGGUUCAUGCCUUGCACUGACAGCAGAUUCCUAAAUUCUCCCAUUCUACCUGAUUCUAACUACUGGCAGGGGCGGGGUUGAUCACUGUUGACAGCUUAAGCUAUAUAGGACAUUGGUGAAUCGGUGCCUCAACUUUGCAGAAUGGGAGAGAUUGUGCAGUCGCAGGAAACAAAGCUUAAUAAGGCAGGUGGGCUUACUUUCUUUUCUCUAUAUACCUUUCUGCUACAAGCUAUCAACCCUAUAAACUAGAUAUGUGAGAGGUAAAAGAAUAAGAUUACCCACAUUUUGUGCAAGGUGGGGGUUUUGCAGAGCAAGAACAGGGAACAGAAAGAAGUGGAGGCAUUCCCAUUGUAACCUGCCAUUCUACAGUCAUUUCUUGUAGCUUAGGUGGGCAGACUGAAAUCCAUGGCAGAUAAUCAAACCAAAAGGGGACGUCACUGGAAGAGAGGUGUCCUUUGGCAGUAGGAAGGAUUGUUGAACAUAAGGAGGAUGGUGGGAAGAUUUCUCGAGAGCCGCUGCAUUCAUCUCAUCCUUGAAACAACCUCCAAACCUGGAAAAAUAACCAAACUUGUACCAUUUUGCCACUGAGUUUUGGCAUGGGUUGAAAGGAUGGGCCAAAAGUUGUUCACCCAUCAUAGAGAAGAAAACUGCUGGGCCAGCUAAAAAAAAGAAAAUAAAUCUAAUUCUCCUAAACUUUUUUUUUUUAAGCUUCAAGAAGUAGCAACUCUGUUUUUCUCUCAUUUGGCAUUACCAUUUCACAGCAUGAGCGUUACUUGGCAAUAAUUGUUUUGCUAUUUGGAUAUUAUUACUGAAAGAAGGGAAUAUAAGCCACUCGCUGUCCCUCUGUAUUGAACUGGCAUAAAACCACCAAUAAAUUAAUUACAGGUAAUCCUCGACUUAUGACCACAAUUGAGCCCAGAAUUUAUGUUGCUAAGUGAGAAAUUUGUUAAGUGA